ACAAAAAGGGAAAAGCGGUUGGCAGAGUCAGCUGAGAGAGCAGCCAUGCAAGCAGCGCCCCACUGAGCAUUUGUGGGAGCAGCAGGAAGGCAGGGAAGGUGCCAUGCUCCUGGGUCCUGUCCCAGAAAUCCUUAGAGCCGGCCCCUUCUGGGAUGCAAGGGAGUGAAGUUCUGGUUGUUUCUAAGACCCCCAGGAGAAAGGCAGGCAUCGAGCUCAGGUGACUAGGGAUGGAAGCUCUGCAGAGCUAAGAGCAGGACUGGGCAGGGCUGUGGCUACUGGACGGCCCUCCCUGGACCCCCUGCUCCUCACUCCCACCUGGUGUCCAGACUCUGGCUGCCCUACCCCCGACACCUUCCACACAACUUCCAGGCACAGGGAGGCAUCCUGCACUCCGCAGGUGUGUCCACGUGACUGUGCUUCAGCCACGUCACAGCCUGGCACGUCCUGCCCCGUUGACCUGGUGGGUCCUAUGGAUCCUCUGCAUGGCAGCCCGCAAGCACGCACACAGAGGCAGGCCUUCCUCCCGCCCCGCCUCCUACCCUCCCCCAAACAGCCCGUGCUAGCAUCUUGUUGUGUGUGGGCACAGGAUGCCCAUGGCAAAGGACGUGGAUGGCAGGGCUUCCGAAGUCCCUAAGGAGACACACACAGGCAGCCACGUUCCAAAGCAGAAACAUAGGGUUUUUAUGUUGCUUCCAGGUGCAAAAGGCCGUCUGAGAUGCAAACGGGCAUGCUCUCCCAGGGUUCCAGCAGGCUGUACAACACCCCUGCCUCACAGAGGUCCACGUGACAGAAUUCAGGCCCCCCUCCUCCCCUAGGUGCUGGCUCUGAACAGCCGAUGCUCUGGGCGCAGCCAGCCCCAGGGCCCCCCACACAAGGCCCCACCACACGCCCGCCCCCUCGCGGGCACACACCAGACCCUCCUGUCCUCCUCUGCUCCCUCGGGGCCGUCCUGCUCCCCACAAAGCCCAUUUCCUAAGAGCUGUGCCAGGGACCGUCUGAAAACACGGCUUGGAUCAUGUUGCUUCUGCCCUGGGCCCCACUUACCUUCCCCUCCACCUCCCUCCUGACUGUGGGGCUCCACGGUCUCAAAAUAAGCCCCCUCCUCUCCCAAGCUCUUCCCUGUCCAAAUGCCUCAGCACCUCCUCCAAGUGACCAGAGCCCAGCCCACCGCCAGGCUGCCCAGCCCCAGAAUACACCAUCUGCCAGCCCAGGGCCUGGGGCCGCUUGGCUGGGCAGGCCCAGUACCCCAGCCCUGCCUGCCCUCCCGCCCCACACCUGCCCAGCUCUCUCCCCCAAACAGGAGGAGCCCUUACCCCCCGGGCAGGGAACCACCAGUCCGGCUGGAACAGGGCCAGACCAGGGCAGGCCUUCUGGGGCACUGCUGCUCCUGAGGUCAUGAGCCCUCGAGGGGGUUUCUUCGUGCCCCCAAAGAAGCUGCAGGAAAUAGGCCCUGGUGGGAUAUUGACCCCAUGCCCCAGGCAGGGAAACAGGCGUGGGGCUGGCACUCUGCCCAGACCUGCGUGGCUCCUGGACAGGGAAGCCUCGGCGAGGAGCAGCACGGUUACCACACCCCUGGGUGCCGGCUUCUUUCUGGGACGCGGGGAGCAGGUGCUCCUGCCGGGACAGCCUGACUUCCAGGGGCCCAUCUUGGCAGCCUGGCUUUAUGACUUCACAUGCUGAAGUCACCCUGGGACAAUGCUGAGUGCCGCACCCCUCCAAGGCCCAGCCCAACCAGACGGCUCCCCGCAAUGCCGAUGCGGACAAUGCCUGCUGGCCCGCGUGGGGAGAUGUAGAUGGCAGCGAUGCCAGCCGCUCCUGGCACCAUGGACGAUGCCACAGUCCUAAAGAAGAAGGGUUACAUCAUGGGCAUCAAUCUUGGCAAGGGCUCCUAUGCAAAAGUCAAAUCCGCCUACUCCGAGCGCCUCAAGUUCAACGUGGCGGUCAAGAUCAUUGACCGCAAGAAAACGCCCUCUGACUUUGUGGAGAGAUUCCUUCCUCGGGAGAUGGACAUCCUGGCAACCAUCAACCACCGUUCCAUCAUCAAGACCUAUGAGAUCUUUGAGACCUCUGAUGGGCGUGUCUACAUCGUCAUGGAGCUCGGGGUCCAGGGCGACCUCCUUGAGUUCAUCAAGUGUCGGGGGCCCCUGCACGAGGACGUGGCUCGCAAGAUGUUCCGCCAACUCUCCUCAGCCAUUAAGUACUGCCACGACCUGGACAUCGUCCACCGAGACCUCAAGUGCGAGAACCUUCUCCUCGACAAGGACUUCAACAUCAAGCUGUCCGACUUCGGCUUCUCCAAGCGCUGCCUGCGGGAUGACAGUGGCCGACUGACGCUGAGUAAGACCUUCUGUGGGUCGGCGGCGUACGCAGCCCCCGAGGUGCUGCAGGGCGUCCCCUACCAGCCCAAGGUGUACGACAUCUGGAGCCUGGGCGUGAUCCUCUACAUCAUGGUCUGCGGCUCCAUGCCCUACGACGACUCCAACAUCAAGAGGAUGCUGCGCACCCAGAAGGAGCACCGGGUGGACUUCCCCGGCUCCAAGCACUUAACGGGUGAGUGCAAGGACCUCAUCUGCCGCAUGCUGCAGCCGGACGUCAACCGGCGGCUGCACAUUGACGAGAUCCUCAGCCACUGCUGGGUGCGGCUCCCCAAGCCCAAAGCCAGGUCUUCUGCCUCCUUCAAGAGGGAGGGUGAGCGCAAGUACCAGGCCGGGUGCAAACUGGACACCGAGCCAGGCUCGAGGCCCGACCACCGGCCUGACCACAAGCUGGCGGUCAAAAACCAGCACCCGCUGCCGGUGCCCAAGAACGAGGACAGGCUGGAGGAUGAGCUGGCCAAGACCUCCAAGGGGAAAGACCACAUCCCCGGAGCCGAGGUGGGGAAAGCGAGCAGCUAGUGGUGCGGAGGCCCCGGGGGCGUGCCUUCUCGUGAGCUGAGUGGGCAGGUAGGAGCUGAAGAAGGCAC